UUCGCAGGAAUUGGAGCCGCGCUCCUCCCCUCCGUUCCAGAGUUCCUGCGGUCUGCGAAUGCUCUCGGAAUACCUCCCUAGAUCUCCCCUGUUCGGUCUGUUUUCAUUUUCGCUUGUGUUCAGUGCUUGCGCGCGCGCGUGUGCGUGUGUGAGUGCUCUCCGUAGCCUCUGAGUGUCUGUUGUAACUUAGUUCUUCCACUUGAGACGCUCUCUCGCGCCCGCCAUCCCCGCCAUCCCGGCGAUCUCCGAUCCUAGACAAUGUCUAACCUGAUUUGACUGGCCCUAUUCCUGGGGUAUGCCAAGCCUUCCACCUGCCGCACACACUCCCAGAUCUACAGACUGAUGAUCCUCUCCCCAAGAACUCUAACACAGGAGCUGUCCUCUGAGACUCUGGAUGACUUUAUUCUUCAAAUGGCUUUACCCUUCUCAUAGCUGCAGGGACCCUCCAUUCCCUAUAUCCAGGAAAAUGUGAUGAGCUACAGGUAUGAGCUUCUAGAUCACCAACCACUUCAUGUUCUAGCCACAAGUGACUCGAGUGGAAGAUCCAGGGGCAACAAGGUUCAUUAGGAAGAUGCCUAAAGAACAAGGAGAAGAAGCUGGGGGAAAAGAGGUGUGCAGAUACCAGAUCAAAGAAUCGGACAAAGAAGAGGAACCACCAGCUGCUUCAUCCCAUGGCCAGGGGUGGCGUCCAGGUGGCAGAGCAGCUAGGAACUCAAGGCCUGAACCUGGGGCCAGACACUCUGCACUCCCUGCCAUGGUCAAUGACCCACCAUUACCUGCCUUACUGUGGGCCCAGGAAGUGGGCCACGUCUUGGCAGGUCGUGCCCGCAAGCUGCUGCUACAGUUUGGGGUGCUCUUCUGUACCAUCCUCCUCCUGCUCUGGGUGUCUGUCUUCCUCUAUGGCUCCUUCUACUAUUCCUACAUGCCCACAAUCAGCCACCUCAGCCCCGUGCAUUUCUACUACAGGACUGACUGUGAUUCCUCCUCGUCCUUACUCUGCUCCUUCCCUGUUGCCAAUGUCUCGCUGGCUAAGGGUGGACGUGAUCGGGUGCUGAUGUAUGGACAGCCGUACCGUGUUACCUUAGAGCUUGAGCUGCCAGAGUCCCGUGUGAAUCAAGAUCUAGGCAUGUUCUUAGUGACCAUUUCAUGCUACACCAGAGGUGGCCGGAUCAUCUCCACUUCUUCACGCUCCGUGAUGCUGCAUUACCGCUCGGACCUGCUCCAGAUGCUUGACACGCUGGUCUUCUCCAGCCUCCUGCUGUUUGGCUUUGCAGAGCAGAAGCAGCUCCUGGAGGUGGAGCUCUACCCGGAGUACAGGGAGAACUCGUACGUGCCGACCACCGGAGCGAUCAUCGAGAUCCACAGCAAGCGCAUCCAGAUGUACGGGGCCUCGCUGCGCAUCCAUGCCCACUUCACCGGGCUCAGGUACCUGCUGUACAACUUCCCGAUGACCUGCGCCUUCAUCGGCGUCGCCAGCAACUUCACCUUCCUCAGCGUCAUUGUGCUCUUCAGCUACAUGCAGUGGGUGUGGGGGAGCAUUUGGCCCCGACACCGCUUCUCUUUGCAGGUGAACGUCCGGAAACGGGACGGUUCGCGGAAGGCAGUGCAGCAGCGGAUCUCUGCCCGGCAUGCAGGCACAGGACCCCAAGGCCAGGAGGAGUCAACCCAGCUGUCAGACAUCACAGAGGACAGCGAGAGCCCUGAAGAUCCCCCAGGGGCAGAGGGCCAGCCCCCUGAGGAGGAGAAAGCAGAUCAGCAGCCCUUGAAUGGAGAGGAGGAGCUGGAGCCAGAGGCCAGUGAUGGCUCCUGGGAAGACGCAGCUUUGCUGACGGAGGCCAACCUGCCUGCUCCCGCUCCAGCCGUGGUCCCCUCCCCCAUCCCUGCCCCGGAGACUCUGGGCAGCUCUGAACCCUCUGGGGACAAUCUCCGACAGCGCCCCACCUGCUCUAGUUCCUGAAGAGAACGGGGCAGAGUCCUCACAUUCCAGUCCUUUCUCCCCUGACUCCUUCCCCUAUCCUGUGGCUCCCCCAAUAAACUAUUUUCAUGCCA